GGGACCAGCAGAGAAGGCGGUGUUUCCGGGAUUGGGUGGGGCUUCCUUGAAAAAGAAAACUCCCCGGAUGCUGCCUAGCCUGAGACCGGCUCGGAACUUUCCAGAAAAGUCGCGGUCGUUUUGUCUGUGGGAGAGAAAGAGGCAGGCGAAGGGGAACUCGGCGGCAGGAGUGGGUAGGCUUAUCGGGAAGACAUCAGGCUGCCUUUUCUUCGGCCGAAAGCGCAAGGUACGGUUGCAUCAUGGUGAAGGAGACCACAUACUACGAUGUGCUUGGGGUAAAACCUAAUGCUUCUCAGGAGGAGUUGAAAAAGGCUUAUAGGAAAUUAGCAUUGAAGUAUCACCCAGAUAAGAAUCCUAAUGAAGGCGAAAAGUUCAAACAAAUUUCCCAAGCCUAUGAAGUCCUCUCUGAUUCCAAGAAAAGAGAGUUGUACGAUAAAGGUGGUGAACAAGCAAUAAAAGAAGGUGGUAGUGGAAGCAGUUUUGGAUCACCAAUGGAUAUAUUUGAUAUGUUCUUUGGAGGAAGUGGAAGAAUGCAAAGAGAAAGGAGAGGUAAAAACGUUGUACAUCAGUUAUCAGUAACUCUAGAAGAUUUGUACAAUGGAGCAACCCGGAAACUUGCUCUACAAAAAAAUGUGAUUUGUGACAAAUGUGAAGGCCGAGGGGGCAAGAAAGGUGCAGUAGAAUGCUGCCUUAAUUGCAGAGGAACAGGCAUGCAAAUAAGAAUUCAUCAGAUAGGACCUGGAAUGGUUCAGCAAAUCCAGUCGGUGUGCAUGGAAUGUCAAGGCCAUGGGGAGCGCAUCAAUCCCAAGGACAGGUGUAAAAGCUGCAAUGGAAGGAAAAUUGUUAGAGAAAAGAAAAUUCUGGAAGUCCACAUUGAUAAAGGAAUGAAAGAUGGUCAGAAAAUAACUUUUCAUGGUGAAGGUGAUCAAGAACCAGGGUUGGAGCCAGGAGACAUUAUCAUUGUCUUGGAUCAAAAAGAUCAUUCUUUGUUUACAAGGCGAGGUGAAGACCUGGUCAUGUCUAUGGAUAUACAGUUAGUGGAAGCACUCUGUGGCUUUCAAAAACCAAUUGCAAUGCUCGAUAAUCGAACUAUAAUAAUUACUUCUCAUCCUGGUCAGAUUGUCAAACAUGGUGACGUUAAAUGUGUAAUAAAUGAAGGAAUGCCAAUCUACCGUAGGCCAUAUGAAAAGGGCCGUCUUAUAAUUGAAUUUAAGGUGAUAUUUCCAGAAAGUGGUUUCCUUUGCUCAGAUAAGCUAUGUCUGUUGGAAAAACUGCUACCACCAAGACAAGAAGUGGAAGAAGCUGAAGAAAUGGAUCAAGUAGAAUUGGUAGACUUUGACCCAUCUCAGGAAAGAAGACAGCAUUACAAUGGUGAAGCAUAUGACGAUGAUGAGCAUCAUCCUAGAGGUGGUGUCCAAUGCCAGACUUCCUAAAGUGGUCUCACAGUUACACUUGUGCUGCUUGUCCUGUAUGUCAGUUGUGGAUGAGUGAAGGACUGAAAUUGCUAUAUUCAGAAUUGCUAUUGUCUCUGUAAUAUUUAAAUUUAGUUGUUUUUAAAUCAAGUUAACAAAUUGAAAUCGGUAAAACUACUUGGAUCAAGUUGGAAUGUUCAUAUUUCUAUAAGGCCUCCUAAGGAAACCUGAAGCCACUUUACUCUGGCUUAUUUUAUUUUGUGCAUCAUAAGUGUAUUGUGUGCAAAUGCACUGGCUUAGUAUUCAGUGAUUUCUGUUUAGUAUUAUAAAUUAUAUUCCCUCUUACGUAUGCAUCUGUAUUUAUGAUUCAUGUUAAAGAUGUGAAAUUAAAGUUUUGUAUUCAUCUAGAUACAUUGAUGUGUUUUGGAUGUGCUAUGGCUGGUUGAGACUUUGCACAGCACCUGUAUGGAACUCUACUUAUUUUCCACUCUGGAAUGUUGAACACCCCUCAUUCUAUUCUGAGCUUUAGUUAGAAUGCUGUAUAAAACUCAUUGAUGUUAGACAGGAUCCUGACAUGGUUCUUGGGUAGGAGUAAAAAAAUUCAACCAACAUCUAAGUGUAAAUGGGACAAAAGCUUAAAUCUUAAAAAAGAUUCUGAAUAGCAAAUACUUAAUUUCUGUAGAGGUAAUCAUGUAACUGAAAAAUAAUAUGCCUAAGAAUAAUGGUACAAAACUACAUCCUUAAGCAUUUUGAGUUUCAUGUCACUAACAUUCAAAUUCCAUGCUGCAUGAAUACUAGCAGAAAAACCCCAUUGACGCUAAAUGACUCCUUAAUGAACUGUUCACAGUCCAUAAGGUUUUUGUGUGUAGUUUCUGAAAAAGGCUACCUUUUAAUGGCUAUUUCAAAAUGUCAAUAUAAGUAACCUAGUAUAGAUUCAUCCAAAAUAAUAAUUAGGCAUUACAUCAUGACUGGGGGAAGCGUUAGCAAAGAUUCAAGUAUGUCCUUUAAAUAUCCUAAGACUCUGCUAUUUCUAAAAACUGAGUUGCUAACAUUGCUAUUUAUGAUAAGCCCUAAACUUACAUAUCUGCUAUAUGUAUAUGGGCAAAUAAAGUAACAGAAAAUGGCAUUUCAGUUCCAUAUGUAAUUUCAAAACAAAUCUCUCACCAUUAGAAUCUUAAAUUGGCAACUUUUUUGACUAGCUUGAAUCCUUGGCAGGGAUUUAAGUUGUACAGCAGAUUAUUUUAGUCCUUGUGAUAAGGAUGAGUUACAGUGGAAUUAUGUGUCUUUAAAAUGCUUGGUUAUUGUACUAUACACUCAAGUUUGUACCUGUAGGGGGAAAUAAAACUAUCCUUCUAACAGUU